AUGGCCGGUGGUUUGGAAAACGCAAGGAAGGAAAUUAAGCGCCUCUCGCUUGAUGACACCGCCGAAUCGCAAUAUGGUCAAAUCUUCUCUAUCUCUGGUCCCGUGGUGGUCGCCGAGAACAUGCUUGGCAGUGCCAUGUACGAAUUGGUGAAAGUGGGUCACGCUAACUUGGUUGGUGAAGUGAUCAGAAUUAAUGGCGAUAAGGCCACCAUUCAGGUUUAUGAAGAAACCGCAGGAGUUACUGUUGGUGAUCCAGUAUUAAGAACUGGUAAGCCUUUGUCCGUUGAAUUGGGCCCUGGUUUGAUGGAAAACAUUUACGACGGUAUUCAGAGACCUUUGAGAGAGAUCAAGGAGAAGUCGCAAUCUAUCUAUAUCCCUAGAGGUAUCGAUGUUCCAUGUUUGGACAGACUGAAGCAAUACGACUUUAAUCCAGCAUCAUUAAAGGUGGGUGACCACAUCACUGGUGGUGACAUUUUUGGUUCCAUCUUUGAAAAUUCUUUGUUAGAUGAUCACAAGAUAUUGUUACCACCCAGAGCUAGAGGUACAAUCACUUCCAUUGCUGAGGCCGGUUCAUACACCGUUGAGGACCCUGUUUUGGAAGUUGAAUUUGAGGGCAAGAAGCACAAGUACUCCAUGAUGCAUACAUGGCCCGUCAGAGUUCCAAGACCUGUGGCCGAGAAGUUGACUGCCGACUACCCUUUGUUGACUGGCCAGCGAGUAUUAGACUCCUUGUUCCCAUGUGUUCAGGGUGGUACCACAUGUAUCCCAGGUGCUUUUGGCUGUGGUAAGACAGUCAUUUCGCAGACAUUAUCUAAGUUUUCUAACUCGGACAUCAUUAUUUACACUGGUUGUGGUGAGCGUGGUAAUGAGAUGGCCGAAGUUUUGAUGGAAUUCCCUGAGCUUUACACUGAAAUGAGCGGCAAAAAGGAGCCCAUUAUGAAGCGUACCGCUUUGGUCGCAAACACAUCCAACAUGCCUGUCGCAGCUCGUGAAGCCUCUAUUUACACCGGUAUCACGAUUGCCGAAUACUUCCGUGAUCAAGGUAAGCACGUUUCAAUGAUUGCUGACUCCUCCUCUCGUUGGGCUGAAGCCUUGAGAGAACUUUCUGGUCGUUUGGGUGAGAUGCCUGCUGACCAAGGUUUCCCCGCUUAUUUGGGUGCCAAGUUGGCUUCUUUCUAUGAGCGUGCUGGUAAGGCAACUGCUUUGGGCUCGCCAGACAGAGUCGGUUCUGUUUCCAUUGUUGCUGCAGUCUCUCCAGCAGGUGGUGACUUCUCUGACCCUGUGACCACUGCGACAUUGGGUAUUACACAAGUUUUCUGGGGUUUGGACAAAAAAUUGGCUCAGCGUAAGCACUUUCCUUCCAUCAACACUGGUAUCUCGUACUCCAAGUACACCAAUGUGUUGGAUCCAUACUACGAAAAGAACUUCCCAGGCUUCAAAUCUUUGAGAACCAAGGUUAAGGAGAUCUUGUCCAAUGCUGAAGAGUUGGAGCAAGUUGUUCAGCUCGUGGGUAAGUCCGCAUUGUCUGACUCUGAUAAGAUUAUCUUGGAUGUCGCGAACUUGAUUAAAGAAGACUUUUUGCAGCAGAACGGGUACUCUUCUUACGAUCAGUUCUGCCCUAUCUGGAAGACUUACGACAUGAUGCGUGCUUUUAUUAGCUACCAUGAUGAGGCCCAGAAGGCUGUCGCUAAUGGAGCAGCUUGGAACAAGUUGUCUGAGGCAACCGGUGAUGUGAAACACGCAGUUUCUAGCGCCAAGUUUUUUGAGCCCUCAGAAGGUGAGGAGGCUGGCCGUAAGAACUUCAAUGAGUUGCUCACCAAAAUCAGCGAGCGUUUUGGCGAAGCAGCCGAGUAA